AUGUAUUACACAUUCUCAUUCAUUCUGCAGGAGCGACGUCAGAAGCUUCAGCAGAGAGUUGGUUACGCUCUCCGCCACGCUGGAGUGGCCAUCACUGUCACUUCGCUCACUGACUUCGGUGCUUUCAUUAUUGGUUCCACCACGGUACUGCCGGCUCUGAGAUCUUUCUGCAUCUAUUCCGCCAUCGGUAUCGCCACCCUUUAUGUCUUCCAGGCUACAUUCUUCGUCGCCUGGUUCACCCUAGAUCAGGCACGACUGGAAGACAAGCGCAACGGACUCGUAUGGUGUUACCAACACAAGGACUGGACGCCUAAUUCUUGCUCCCAGAGAGACCUCUGUCAGACCUUUUUUGACAAGUUUUAUUCCAGGGUUGUGCUCAUGAAACCAAUCAAGGUGUUGGUGAUGGUAGUGACGGCGGUGAUGCUGGGUGCCAGCAUCUGGGGAGUAACUCACCUGCGGCAGGAGUUUAACCCUGUGUGGUUUCUCCCACAGUCUUCCUACCUCUUCCAUUUUCUCUCCAGACUUCUCGUCUACUACCCUCAAAUUGGUGAGAGAGGGACAGUGUACCUCGGGGCCCUCAACUACUCGCAGGAGUUUCACAAGAUAGGUGAGCUGACGACGGUGAUGAGGGAGAAUAAGUACAUCUCCUCCGUGGACUCCUGGUACCACCUCAUGGUUGACUACACCAAGAAAGACAUAGGCCAGGACAUCGGCGAGACGACUCUGAACGACACAUUCUUCAGGGAGGUGCUGUCGUCGUUCCUCUUCUCCCCCAUGGGCUCCCGCUUCCAGACCUAUUUCCAUUUUGACGGGAACCUGACUGUCUCCCAGCCUACUCCUCCAGUCACAGCGAGCAAGUUCGACUACAGCCAUAAGGUGCUGGAAGGCCGUGACGAGCAGAUCACCGCUAUGGAUCAGGUUAAGCAACUGGUGACUGACGCUGGGUUUUCAGAUUUUGCUGCUCCCCUGGCUAUGAUGUACAGCAGCUGGGAGACUAACAAGGUGAUCAUGGUGGAGCUAGUGAGGAACCUGUGCCUGGCUAUGGUUGCCGUCUUCGUCAUGACCUUGGUGCUCAUCGCUAACCUCGUCACUUCCUGCUACGUUCUUCUCUCCGUCACCAUCACUCUGAUUAACGUUAUGGCGUUGAUGACCUGGUGGGACCUGACGAUCGACAUCAUUACCUGCAUCAACCUAGUGCUCUGUAUCGGUCUCUGUGUUGAUUACUCUGCCCACGUCGCUCUACACUUCAUGCAG